AUGCGCUCCUUUCUGGAUUUCGAGGCCAUGCUACGUAUUGCUGUCAUCGGUUGUGGUCUGAUAUCCAGGUUUCACAUACCAGCAAUUCAGGGAUGUAACAUUCCCACUAGAAUAGCAGCAUUGGUCGACACCAAUAUAGAGAAAGCAGAAGCAGCAGCUGCAAGACUAGAUUCCAAACCCAAGCCUAGGGUGUUUGGAUGUGUUACUGAGGCUUUGGAGUGGGGUGAAUUUGAAGCAACAGACGUUCUGCUACCACAUGAUCUGCACGAGACUGUUGCACUGCAAUGCUUGCAUGCUGGCAAGCACGUGUUGCUGGAAAAACCAUUGGCACACACACAAGAUUCUUGCGAACGACUUCUUCAAGCAGCAGAAGAAGUAACCAGAGAGAAAGCUACCGUUUUCAUGGUUGCAGAAAAUGCACAGUAUUGGCCAGAGGUCGUUCAUGCGAAACAGCUAGUAAGAGAGGGUAAAAUUGGAGAGCUAUACUAUGCUAAAGCUCAUUACUGGGAAUCACUAAUGACGAGUGCCUUCUCUGAUGACUACAAGGACACUCCAGAUAAAAUAGACUGGAAAUUUGAUGCUAAAAGAGUGGGUGGUGGAGUUCUGGUAGAUGGGUCCACACAUUGGCUACGUCCUUUACGAAUGUGGAUGGGCGAGGUGGAGGAGGUUGUGGGUGUAACCGGAUACGAUAGUCAUAAAGCGAUACAAGGGGAAUCAAUGGCUAAUGCUCUUAUUCGUUUCAAGAGUGGAAAAUGUGCCGAGUUCGAAGGCCUUGUCACUCAAGCCGCAGUGAAUAUCAGACCAUUCUUUCGUCUCUUUGGUCAAAUGGGUGAGAUUACUAUUGACGGUAGCUUUUCUGGAGGCAUGACUUUAUACAAUCACGAGCAUCCAAAGGGUCUGGCUAUUACUAACUUGGGUGGAUUCUUGGCAUCAUACCAGCCUGAGAUUGAUGAUUUUGUAAGUGCAAUUGUAAACAGAUCGGCACCGAAAGCGUCUGCAAGGCAUGCAUUGGGAGAACUCGAAAUUGCCUGGGCCAUAUAUCGAUCAGUAGAGUCGAAACGAUGGGAGAAAGUCAAUUGAAAGGAAGCGUCUGUACAUAAUUUCAAAUGCUGACAAACAUGUAGAUCCUACCCGCUGAACUAUGCAUGGAAUACCUUGUAGUCUGCUGACAUUUUUAUAUUACUACUGACAGUCUGUAGUAGUACAUAGGCUCCUGUUUGUAUGGAUGUAUUUUGUUAAUUUGCAAGAAUUCAGGUGUUUGUCGAUUUUUGUAUCAGCAUCUAGUGUGUACA